UUAAUAAAUGCCUAAAGACGCUAGAGGAAAAAAUAGGAAAUGGGGAAAUCACAAGGAUAGACAAUUCGAAUAAGUCAACGAAGGCGAAUUGAUCGAAUAAUUAAAACAUCAAGCAGAAGAUGAUUCAGAAGAUGAUGAGGAAGUUGAAUAAUAGGAUCAACCUUAAAAAGUUGAACAAAAAGAGGGAGCUUAAGAGGAGCAAUAGUAAGAAAAAAAGAAGAAAAAGAAAAAGUAAACCAAAUUUUCAUGUAAUUAGACGAGUGACUGCUGAGGGAGUACCAAAACCGAAAAAAUAAAAGAGAAAUCUUGAUAUGCCUGAAUCUGAAGAAGAAGACGAGUCAUAAUAUUAUUGAAUGUGAUAUAUAGAUGAUUUAAUAUUAACAUAAUUAUUUAG